AUGGCUGCGCCAGCAAGCAAGAGUGCUGACCAAAUUGUGCACGAUCUAGACGGCAUGCAGCGUCCGGGUAACAAUCAAGGCAUUCAACACAAGACUAUCCGGCGGCGCUCGUCCAUGGCCAAGGCUUCAUUGGCCCCCAUCAAGACCGACUUGAAAGAGUCCUUAGUCACGGACGAUUUGAAAGAUGUGAAAAUGACGAGGAGGAGGGCAGCAAGAGCUUGCGAUCAAUGUCGCCGGCGUAAAUCGCGCUGCGAUGGUCAGAUGCACUGCAGCGCGUGCAAGGUAGUAGGGCUUCAUUGCUCAUAUGGUCACACGAUCAAGCAAACCAGGGGCCCAUCCUAUGUUGCUCACCUCGAGAACAAAGUCGACGAGCUGGAAGAGCGCCUUAAAACGAACACUUCCCCAACUGGAAAUGGAGCCCUGCCCGCCAGAUCUGCCUCACAAUCGCCGACGUUUGACUCUUACAGUACUGCUCAAUGCAGCCCUGCGAUCUCAGAUUGGACAGGUGUUCCUUUUACGGCUAAGUCCUCGCGUUCCAAGGAGCAGUGCGGUCUCGUUGGCCAGUUUCAGGGGCUUUCGCAGCAAUCCCAGACGGCAGCUUAUCUCACGAGCAUAACCACGGAGCCACGAGGAUUCUUUGGUAUUGACAUUUUACGCCAACUAUGGAACCAUUGCAGUGCGACGACUUCGUUGAAUUCGGACAAGAGCGGCGACUCUUCACUCAAGCUCGUGCAAGCUCUCGAUGCACCGCUUUCGAUUGAUACUCUACCCGUUCAAGGUGCGCCUCUACUACCCCCGAAGACGCAAUUGAUUCAUUGGAUCGGAGUCGCCUUCCAGGAAGUCCUCACUCUAUUCCCUUUUGUAGACAGAGCCUCCGUGCAGAUGGUCGUUUACCGUCUCUAUGGCACAAACACCUUCGGACAAGACGCCAACGACAAAGACGAGUUAGCUCUGCUGUACGCUCUGUUAGCUCUUGGUCAGCGAUUCGACACGGCGAAGACUCUCACCGCUGCGGAAUUCAGAAGUCAAGGACUGGUAUUCUUCGCUGCUGCACGUGGUAUGGUCCCACUUCAGAAUUGCGACAGGAGUCUUCCAGCUUUGCAGACGGUCCUUUGCCUGUCGCUCUACCUCAAGGCUGGCUCAGCUGUCACUCGCGCUCAUGCCUUUGUGAGUGCCGCGGCGAGUGCUGGACUUCGGAUUGGGCUACAUGAACAGGUACCAUGCUUUGCCGAGACUGAGCAGACGAUUCGAAGACGAAUUUGGUCGACCAUUCGCUCGCUGGAUGUCAUCACCUCGAGCCUCUUGGGGAUCCCGCAUUUCGUCACCAUUGCAACUUACGAUGAUGACCCUUUCCCUUCCCUGACGAAUGGGUAUGAAGAGGAUCUGGUGAUCAGUUCCGCCCACUCUCGCUUGAUUACCAUCCUGGGUCGAGCGAUUGACAAGACUUACUCCAGUAACUCAGCGAAGAAACCAAUGGGUCUUGGUUCGUUUGCGGUCCGGGAAGAGAGCAUGAACGAUGCGUGUAACGAGUUGGACUCUUGGGCGCAGAGUUGUCCACUGCUCGCCACGCCCAUUGAGAAUAUGAGGAAACCGCAACUGCUGCUCGCAUAUUCGCAAGCCUACGUGGAGCUCAUCCUGUUCUCACCGUUCGUCCACCACCUCGCAAACUCCCCCGGCGUCAGCAGUGUCAUGGAGUACACCUACGCCUACCGGGCCUUCCAAGCCGCAGUGAACGCCGUCAAAAUCGCACAAGUCCUGCAUAAACGUCUCUGGCUUAACGAAGCACACGGCAUAACCUUGGACACCCUUGCCUUCGCCGGCGUGGUCCUCCUGACCGUCGAACAAACCAGCGCCGUGAACCAUCUCCUCGUGGAAGCAGUUCAACGCAGCAAGCAAGCAAAAGAGCUCCUCCUGCUCGCAUCGUUGCAGAACCCAGCUGCCGGGGAGGUUUGGGGGGUUUUAUCAAUGUCGGAGACGUUGAUGAAGAACGAAGGGUCGCAGAGCUUUUCGACUUCUGCGUGGAAACAGACUGGAACGAAUAUGGUACUGCGGAGAGAAGCGUUACCGAAGCGACCUGCUACUUUGGUGUCGCAGGAUAGUGGUGUCGAUGUUGCGAGUCCUGUCGUUGGGUGCGUUAAUCCGUCUUCUCUGCUUUCGGAGGACGAGGCGAAGGUGCUUUCGAUGCCGAUUGGAGUCGAUGUCGUGAUGGGUUGA